CCUUUAUGCAUACUUCAUGCACCAAUGCUUCGUCGUGAAGGGAAAACUCAAGACUUCCUCGGGACGAUUACUCGGAGGAAGGAUGUUAAGGAAGAACUGGUUGUGACGUUCCUGGGGGCCGACGUCGACGGCACUUGUGUUGGUUUCAAAUUUGAUCAAGAGCUACUGUGACAACCAGAUCCAACGAAGAACGAACACAUGAAGGAACGACUUAGCGCAUCUUUCAUCUGUUGAAGCUCCCCGCGGAGCUGCAGGCUGUUUAUCACAUCGUCGUCUUGGUUCCCUCCCCCGCUCGCUCUGUCUCCGGCACAAUUGAGGGGGAUAUUUUCUGGAGAAUCGGAGCUAAAUAUCGCGGCAGGGGAGCAGCAAGGGAGCCAUUUGUUAAGAGAGAAUUUUAUAGUCCAGAUCUCGGAUCUCGAAGGGAGGAAACUUAAGACGAGAUUGUGCCGAAUUCGGAGGGAGGAGGGAGAGGGUUCAUUUUGAAUUUACAAAGUUGGUAUAGAUUUAUCUGAAAGGAUAUAACUUUACGAGAGUGUGAGGGAAGAUCGCGAUUUCUGUUCGGAUCGAGGGAGUGUGAACAGAGCGAAAGCCGAUCCGGUACCAUGAGCAACAGCCGGUACAGACCCGUUCCGCACUCAGAUGGACAACUGGGAAGGCCCGUGGAGAGGCCAGGAUACAGCAAUCAGGACAAGAUGAGUUCGUCCUCUCAGGGAACCACCAUGAAAGUGAUGAAUAGUCCGGGGACGGACUGUGCACUCACCAACUGUGCAUAUGUUUCGCCCUCUGAUCUUCCGAGAUUUGUUCUUCGACAAGGGUUGAGUUCCGGUCUGGGGUUGGUCGGGAACAGCAUGGUGCUGACCAUCUUAGCGAGUGAAGUCAUCCAACCUGGUGCAAUCGGUCUCAAUGCUAUUCAUCGCCGAAAUGUCAAGGUCUCCGCAAAUGACAGUGUGACUGUGGUCAGAUUCGUUCCUCCAGAAAGAGGUUUCAACUUGGUGCUUCUAACUGUGGAGUUAGAAUUUGUGAAGUUUCGUGGGAAGCCAGAACAGCUGGACGCACAAAUUCUUGCAAAAGAGCUUCAAAAACGUUUUGCCGGACAGGUGUUGACUGUGGGCCAGAAAGUUACUUUCGAGUACGUCGGAACAAAUUACACUUUCUGCGUAAACCAGACGCUUCUAGAAGGGAAUUCUGGAAACGAUGACUCAACUCGUGGCAUUUUGACGUCAGAGACACACUUUAUGUUUGAAACUCCUGGCAACUCUGGAAUCAAGAUGCUGAAUCAAUCUGGUGGCUCUUCAACGAAUUUGUUCAAAUCAAAAGACUUCAAUUUCCAAAAGUUGGGCAUUGGUGGUCUCGACAAUGAGUUUCAGGAUAUUUUCCGAAGAGCUUUUGCUUCACGAGUCUUCCCACCUCAUGUGAUAAGCAAGCUUGGUAUUCCCCAUGUUAAGGGUAUGCUUCUUUGGGGUCCUCCGGGUACAGGAAAGACCCUGAUUGCCCGUCAGAUUGGAAAGAUGCUCAAUGGCCGAGAACCAAAGAUUGUAAACGGACCAGAAAUUUUGAGCAAGUUUGUAGGAGAGACCGAAAAGAAUGUUCGAGAUUUGUUCGCAGACGCUGAAAAGGACCAAAGAGAGCACGGUGAUGGUAGUGAGCUACAUAUUAUCAUCUUUGAUGAAAUUGACGCGAUUUGCAAGGCUCGAGGUAGCACAAGGGACGGGACUGGAGUCCAUGACAGCAUCGUUAAUCAGCUUCUUACCAAGAUCGAUGGUGUGGAGUCUCUCAACAACAUUCUACUGAUUGGUAUGACCAACAGGAAGGAUAUGCUUGAUGAAGCCUUACUUCGGCCAGGUCGUCUGGAAGUGCAGAUUGAGAUUGGACUACCGGACGAAAAAGGACGAGUUCAAAUCCUGAACAUCCACUCCAACAAGAUGAAGCAGAACUCGUUCCUUUCAGAGAACGUGAAUCUCGAAGAGCUUGCCGCACGAACCAAGAACUUUAGUGGAGCAGAGCUGGAAGGAUUGGUGAAGAGUGCCGUUUCUUUUGCUUUGAACAGACAGGUCAACUUUGAUGAUCUUAAUCAAUCACUAGAUGAGGACAACAUCAAAGUGACCAUGGAUGACUUUCUGCACGCUCUUCAGGAGGUGAAGCCUGCUUUCGGGGCAGCCAUCAGCUCUUUGGAGAUGUGCAGGUUGAAUGGAAUGCUCGAUUGUGGUCCAAGGCAUAAACGUAUACAAGAAACAGGGAUGGCACUCACGGAGCAAGUGAAGACGAGCGAGCGAACUCCUCUUCUCAGCUGCCUCAUUGAAGGCCCCAGCGGAAGUGGUAAAACUGCCCUCGCAGCGACAAUUGCUAUUGAUAGUGACUUUCCCUUCAUAAAGAUUGUGUCAGCCGAAAGUAUGGUUGGUCUUACGGAGAGCACCAAGUGUGGCAUUAUAGGAAAGAUAUUUGAAGACGCGUACAAAUCUCCUUUGAGCAUCAUCAUUCUUGAUGACAUUGAAAGAAUAAUUGAAUUUGUCAACAUAGGACCACGAUUUUCAAAUCUUAUCUUGCAAACACUUCUUGUGCUUAUCAAGCGAGUACCACCAAAGGGAAGAAAAUUGUUGGUCAUUGGCACCACAAGCAUGAGAUCCGUCAUGGAAAGUAUGGAUGUUGUCUCCGCGUUCAACGUCGCUGUUCAUGUUCCCAUGCUCAAUCAUGAGGACAUAAAGAAGGUUCUGGCAGGGCUCAAUGUAUUUGCACCCCGUGACGUCGAUUCGGCUUUAGCUGUUUUAGAUGAAGAGAUGCCCAUCAAGAAACUGCUCACGCUAGUAGAGAUGUCGGCACAGGGCAAGAGCGGGGAAGGUGCUGAGGCAGUGUAUGCCGGGAAAGAAAAAAUAGACAUCAGCCGUUUUGUGGACUGUUACAACGAUCUUGCAUCUUGAUUCAGUUGGUUGUCAGCUUAUCGUUGUUGACAGUUCUCAUACUGCAGCAUGCGAUGCAGCGAAGGGUUGUCACUUAAGUCCUGUUUGGAAGAUAGAGAUUAGUCUCACUUACGAUUCGUCGUAGUUAAAUCCCCAGCCUGAAUUCAGGACCUUCAGUCGUUCACAUAUAACUGGGCCCUUUCCAUAAGAUCAACAGAUUUUACUUUAGGUGAUGACUUUUGAUCACACCAGUCUUGCUUUUGGCGUCAAACAGGCAAGCGUGAUCCAAAAUUGAGAGUACUUAACUGCAAUGCAUUGAAGUGCAUCCGUGUACCAUAAUUUCCUAGGGUAAAUAUUUUUUGUGCAUUUUCUCACCUGUCAUGAUCGUACACUUGUUUCCUAAAUUGGCCUACUCUUUUGACUAAGUUCUCUUACUGCCCUGGAUGUACCGUGUUGUUCCAUGACGUGGUAUUCUACGAUUAUCCAGUCUCGAGCCACCACGAAGCACACUCAACUUUGAUAAUGAGGGUUUUCUGGCCACGAAAUGCCGCAACCGGUGAGGCCAGAUGAAGAUUCGAAAAACACUUGAAUGC